AUGUCACUGGAAAUCCAAACCCCCUACGGCACCGCACUGCCGCCCGCCCCCAGGCACGCCAUCACCGUCCACCUCCCGCUGUGGCAGUCGAUCGUGCGCUUCCGCGACCACGACCCGGAGCUGUUCAAGGCCCUCAAGAGCAUGUACCCGCGCUUCGUCCUGCACAAGGACGUCUUGGAGCUUACCGAGAAGAUCGUCGAGGUCGCCGGCGUCGAGGGACAAGGCUGUUUCGUGUUCCCCUCGUCGCAGUCGGCGCGCGAUUGUGAGGAAUAUGCGACCUCUCCCAGUCGCGGAGAAGGUGCCAUCCCGGGCGACAAGAUCUCCGUCCGGGUCUUCAAGGCGCACGUCCCGCUGCACGCGGUCUUUUUCCCCGCCGAGUCCCUCGCCACGGUCCACGGCUUCUGGGUCAACGCGGGCGUCGGCAUCUCCUCCCGCUUGGCGGAGGACAGCCUCAAGCACAUCAGCGGACUGCGAGAAGUCCACGAGGACGAACAACAGCUCGCCACGACCGAAACCACCGACACAGGAGCCCGUCAGCAGGUCAAGGAGAGGAUAGCAGGCCUGCUUAACCGAGCCCCAACCGACCCGCAACGCACGGCGCGCGUGUUGGCCAGUGACGUGUACCUGUUCUCGACGGGGAUGGCGUCGAUAUACUGGGUGCACCGCUACCUGCUGAGCAAGUACGCCGCGCCGUCCGUGCUGUUCGGGUUCUCGUUCCACUCGACCAUCCACGUCCUGGAGGACUUUGGGCCGGGCGUCGAGUUCCUGGGUCUGGGUUCGGAGCAGGAUCUCGACCGGCUCGAGAAACACCUCACGACGACGCAGCGGGGGCUGGGCAAGACCGUGCAGGCCAUCUGGGCCGAGUUCCCCUCCAAUCCCCUGCUGAGCACCCCCGAUCUGCGCCGGCUCAGACAGCUGGCAGAUGAACACGGCGCGCUGCUCGUCGUGGACGACACGGUCGGUAGCUUCUGCAACGUCGAUGUGCUGGGUGUCGCGGACAUCGUCGUCACCUCUCUGACCAAGUCGUUCAGCGGGUACGCGGACGUCAUGGCCGGCAGCGCCGUCCUCAGCCCCCUGUCGUCACGGUACGGGGAGCUCAAGGCCCUGUUCGACACCGAACACCACGACGACUUGUACAUCCGUGACGCCGAGACGUUGGCGCACAACAGUCUCGACUACCUCGAGCGCUCUGUCGUGUUGAACCGCAACGCCGAGAAACUGGUCGACUACCUCCAGAGCAAAGCGCAGGAUCCCACCAGCAGCGUCAAACGGGUCUUCUACCCGACGGUCAACCUCGACACCCUCCCCAACUACACGCCCUGGAUGCGUAGGCCGACACCCGAAUUCCCCCAUCCCGGGUACGGGUGCCUGUUGAGCGUAGAGUUCCGCGACAUCGAGGCCACCAUCGCCUUCUACGACAAUCUGCACGUCCACAAGGGCCCGCAUCUAGGUGCGCAUCUGACGCUGGCACUCCCAUAUUCGCUGGGCGUGUAUGGGAACGAGGCCGAGUGGGCGAGCGGGUACGGCGUCAGGCAGGAGCAGGUGAGGAUUUCGGUCGGGUUGGAGGACACGGAGGAGCUGGUGGAGAGGUUGAGAUGGGCGGUCGAGGCGGCUGACAGAUUCGGUGGGAGAAAUGUCGACUUGAAGAACUGA